AUGUCAAAACCCGCCGCCACGAGUGCAGGCAGCGUCCUCCCGCAGCUGCCCCGCGGGUCAUGGGACACCCAUUUCCACAUCUUCCCCAGCGACUACCCGCUGUCCCAGACACCCAUGUUCGUCCCUCCGCGCCUCGACCCGUCGGCCCAGGAAUCCCUCCACGCAUCGCUAGGCGUGGACCGCACUGUCCUCGUGCACUCGUUUGCCUUUGGCGACAAGCUGGAGAGCCUGCACGACUGGGUCGCCAAGGAUCCCGCCUGGCGGCGCGCGGUCUGCGUCCUCCCGCCCACCCAGCUUGACGUGGACGCCGACAGGCAGUUUAUCAAACGGCUGGACGGGGCGGGUGUGCGCGGCGUGCGGGCCGAGCUGGAGGGGGACGACAGGGCCACCAAAGUGCGCGCUCUCAAGAAGGUGUUUGAGCGCCUCGACCGCGCCGGCGUGCGGUGGACGGUGUGUGUGCAGGAGCUCGACGCAGCCUUUUAUGAUGCUUUACUCGCUGCAUUCGACUCGUUCCCCACCUCGCAGAUCCUCAUGAUUGACCACCUCGCCUUCCUCCCCGGGCCGUGGGGGCAGCACCCGCCUCCGGCUUCCAUAGACGUCAUGGCCGUGCCCCACUUCUCGUCCAUUGUCGCCCUGCUCCGCCACAACCCGUCGACAGUGUACAUCAAGCUGUCGGCACCGUACCGGCUCACCUUGUCGCCAUCGACGGACACAGUCACGUACGACUCGCUCGAGCCGCUGGUUAAAGCGUUGAAGGUGUUUCCCGACCAACUGGUCUGGGGAACCGACUGGCCUCACACGCCCCUCCACCACGACAUGGCGGCGCGGAGGAAGGCCGGGCUCGGCAGCGAGGUGAUUCCCCUCCGGAUCAAGGAGGACAUGCCGUCGUGGCUGGCGCUGCUGAAGGAGUGGUUGGGCGAGGAGGUGUUUGUCAAGAUGAUGGUCGACAACCCGGCCAGGCUGUACGAGUAG